AUUCUUUUCCGUGUUUCCUCGUGACUUCUUUUCUUCGUCAUCCUGGCGGCGUCUCUCGAGGUAAAGGAACGAUGCGAGAGCCGUCUUCUUCGUCGAUGCUGGACUGCGACAGCUGUUCGCCUUAGACUCCCGGUCCUCGUUUUUCCCCAAAAGGCAAGAGGAGUUCCGUGAGAAAGAUGACAGAGUUCCUUUGUCGUUUCCCUCUUUCAUGAAUCUCUGCAGUGCCCGAAGCGCCUCCUCCUCUUGGUCAUCUUCCUAGCAGGCUCGCGCUGCAGAAGAGUGACUCUGUUCCUCGCCAGUUGCGGAAUCUGAGUUUCAGGGGAAUGCACUCUUGUUUUGACAAUCCUGUCCUUCAGUUCACCUUCUGAUGCCGAGAAAACUGAAAACAGAGGCGGCGCAUCCGCACUCGCUCAUCCGUGGAGCGUUUCGCAGCCGGCGUCUCCGUCAAAAUCCAAGGCCGCGCCAGCAUCUUGUCAAACGAGGCAUUCCGUAUAAAACAUAUGCAUGCAUACAUAUAUACACAUAUAUACAUCUAUAUAUUUAUAUAUUCGUAUUUUUAUAUAUUUACAUAUAUAUAUAUAUAUAAAUAUGCAGAUAAAUAGACAAUUUGAUAUAUGUAUUUAUAUACAUGUGUAUGUACGUAUGGGAGUCUGCAUUGUGCGUAUUUGCUUUGAGAGUUCUUUGCCCGUUUGAGGAUCUGCAGGCGCUCGCCUCGACCGCUUUUCUGACUUCUCCUGGAGAGCCACCGAGGACGGUUGUUUUGCGGUGUCAGCGGCGGCGCGACUGUCGAAGUCUUUUGACAUUUUUAGGGGAUCUUCGGAGAACCUCAGCGAGUUUUUGCCAAGCAAAAAGUCCAGGGAAAUUGGGGGCGAUAGGAAAACCGAGGAGUUUCGGCUCAUCUUCCUUACGCAGUUCCUUCGUUCGCCUUCUGGAUGUGUUCUGCUCGUCUUGUUUUGUCUCACCUUUGUCCUCGUUUCAGCUUUCCUUUUGUUCCCUUGUUCAUCUCUCACUCGAGCCUUCUGGCCGUUUCUCUUCGUCCCCACUCUAUCCUUGUCCUUGCAUUCUCUCUCCCCUUUUUCAACUGGUUCUGGCUCUCUGCUUUCCUUCGCCUUCCUGCGUCGGUCCAGUCCACUGAACUGCGCCUCCGGAUCUCCCAGUUUGCGCCUUUCUGACAGAAAAUCCUGAACUCUUGGGCUGCGAGGCUGGCGUCCUUGCCGAGGCACCAGCCUUCCGAGCGAGCCACGGUAGGGGAACUCACGGCGUCGCCUGCGAUACCUGCCGCUUCCGCAGUCUUGCGAUUUUCCCCUCGCGAACCUCGAGGACUGCGAACGGUGUCUCUUUGGAAUUUGCAUUUCUGCGCCAGCCGCUCUUUUCUCUCUCUGUCGCCUGCGUUUUCGCUCUCCACCCUUCCUGAACUUCCUGCAAUCACAAUGGGGCAAACGCAGUCGAUCGACCUCUCCGACGACGGCGUAGACGACGUCCAAAUCCGGCGACGCGAACGAGAUGAAAUGCGGACAACGCGUCGUAAAAAGCCUGAGGCAAAGAAGAGACUCGAUGCCUUCAUGAAGCACACUGAGGCUCCAAACCACAUUCGAGCGAUCCGCGAGGCCGGCCGAGAACGCGAGAAGGACGACGGCGGCAUUGAGGGUACUUUUGAAAUCGCGGACCUCGUGAGGAAGAAGAAGCCCAAGGAAGACUCGGAAGAAUUCAAGGUGGAUGGUCCGCUGAUGGAUCUGCCGAAGUACGAACAGUCUGAGAGUGAGUCGUCUUCCUCAGACGACGAAGACCGAGGACAAUACCAUUUCGAGAUCUCCACUCUGCAGAAAGACGCGCCGCUUGCUGUGACCGACCCCGAGGCUCACCCUGUGAUCAUCGACGGCGAAUGCGCCGUUGGAAAGGAACUGAAACUCCGAGACUGUUCUCCCCUUGCUCGCGACUUCCCGAUCUUCAGAGUUGAGUGGUACCUCGGGACCGACAUUGGAGACGCUGAAAAGUUCUCCGUCCAAUAUGCCAGCGAAGGAAGUCUCUCUCUCCCUUUCAGCGUCCCCGACGAUUCUGUAGGAAAAUAUAUCCAAGCGAAGGCCUACAGGAAUGUCGAAGAUCAACUUCACGAGACGCAGCUCGCGAGCGCAAAGGCCGGCGUGUAUGAUCCACACAUUGGGGGACCUCGCCAUACAGACUACCUGCCUCCUCCGGGCGUCGUCCGCGUGUGCUCCACUGCGGUUUCCGGUCCAUGUUUGAUCUCGGACGCAUCCGCGUACGUACUGCUCAAGUGCCUCUCGCGGGGCGCCUUCACCUGCGCUGUGAAGCUCAGAGACGUCUGGAAGCGCGACAGCUACGGGGAGGCGUUCGUCUCGCUGGAGGGGAGUCGAGCGCUCGCGAAGAGUGGAAAGAAGCUCCCGGCGACGCUCUUCGUCGACAACGCAGGUCUCCUACAGCUGCGCUACCGCCUGGCAGACGUCGUGAAACUCACAGGCGGCGACGGCAGCGAUUUGGGAGUGCUGGGGCUCGACCUCUUUGGCGGCUUGCUCGGUGGCCGUACUCCCGAGGGACAGGCGGGGCUGUGGGGAGACGCCGAAGUCGACGACGCGUCUGCGGCGCCUGCAAAGGUGGAAGAUCUCGAGAAGUUUUCAACGAACCUCGACGCGGUUUCUUUUCGACCUUCAGAAGCGCCAAACACAAUCGUCGCGGCGCUGGAGUGGCAACCGACAGACGGAUCCAAGGCGGGGAAACAAGACUUUUUCAGAUUCGACGUCGACCCUGCCGUCGGCCGUGACAACGCCCUCUACGUCCUGAUCGGAUUCCAGGCUGCUCAGGCGAAAAGAAAAUUCAACCAACGGGAAUGGGAGACCUAUGUGCAACGAGGGAACUUACAGGUAGCGAAAGACCUCGUUCAACGCUACCUCGAAGCAAUAACGAGGAAAACAGAGGAAACUCGUCCUGCAUUCGAGAGAAUGGCAACAACUCCCUGGUCGAUUCUGAAUGCGCCUCAGCGCCUGACUUAGCUCGUGUGAACUUCGGUUUUUCUGUCUGCUUUUCAUCGCUUCCUUGCUUUCUCUCUUCGCCAUACAGGCGACAUCUCCCGGUUUGUCUGGCCCUUCAGACUUUUCAAGCCACUGCCGCCUGGCACCCCUUUUUCUUCUCUUCUGUUCUUCCCUGGAUCGAUUGUCUCUGCAAGCGUACAAAAAUCACACUUGGUCUACUCCGCCUUCGAUGUCGUUCAAAACCUCCCGUUUCCGUCUCCCGCUCUAAAAUCCAAAGUCCAAAGAGACCCGAAUACGCAGUGCUUGCUCUCGCUAUGUAACUGGAAUCCAGUACCUAUAUACAUAUAUAUAUAUAUAUAUAUACAUAUAGACAGAUAUAUAUAUAUAUAUACAGAUAUAUAUAUAUAUAUAUAUAUGUAGGCAGAUAAAUAAAGAGGUGCAGAAGGUGCGCAACAUUUCAACACUUCGGAAGUUAUAGUGAAGCUCUCGACUUCGUUUGAAAAAAACGUAAACGCACUGGGGAAAUCAUUUCGCCUUCUUCAAGCGGAACCGACAAGCAGUUGGCGUUUGUCGGGGACGGCGAGCCGAGUUUUGGAUUCUGGCGAGAUUUCAGGAAACGGAAAACUGUUUUUCCCCGCGCGCCACCCGUUGCAGAGCUUAUGAAACGCACGAGCGUAUCGAGACAGAGAGCGAGAAAAGCGAAGCAUACGUAGACGCGGAGGCCGCCUUAAGGACGGGUGAAAAGGAGCGGAGACCCAAGAGGGAAGGAAAGGAUACAAGGAGAGAGAACGCGAGAACGACAGUGGAAGGACUGCUGCAGAACCUCCAAAAGCUCCAAACCACGACACCCUGCCUUCUACGCGGGUCCAUUUGAAGCCGUUUUCGUGAUUCGACAGUCCGGCAGAAAGCCUUGCGCACAACGAAGAUGGAGGCUGCAGACGCGCGUUGGUGUCUCUUGGAAAAAAAGACUUGGGGGCAAACAGAACUUCAGGGGAACCGUCGCAAGAGCCUUUCGUUCAAAAGGGGAAAGGGCAUUCUCCCCCAUCUAGCGAGUUCACACGCUGUGCCUGGAGCCUCUUUUCCCCACAGCGCAUUCAGAAGAAACCGCGAAGGCUAGCAGGUUCCUGCGAAGACGAGAAGGCGAACCGUUUCAAUGCAGUGGACUCGCUGACGCAUCUGAAAAAACGGAAAACCGGGAGCACCUCGCAAUAAGGUUCUCCCCUAGAUGCAAAGCGAGGACAGGGGCGGGUCGCUGGAGUGCUGUCUCUCACCGGCACCCACG